AUGUCAUUAAAUAAAGAUGAUCCUAUGCAAUCGGCGAUUGCACCGCCAAGAGGCGACACAAUAGAUUUUUACCAGGACCUAAACAAGGUCACACUAGUGUCUGGAACAUCUGCAGUAGGCAAGCGUGGCAAAGGUGUCGGCUUCUACUGUGAAGCCUGUAACUUGACAUUUAAAGACAGUAUUCAAUGGAUAGACCAUAUAAAUUCCAAGCAACAUCUUUACAACACUACCGGUAGCACAGACCUAGAUGCUACUAAUGCCAAGAUUACUGUUGAAGACGUCAAGGCACGACUAAAGUACUUAAAGGAAAAACAAGAAAGGGAUUUAAAAGAAUCUGGAAUGGAGUUUAAUCUGGAACAGCGGAUAGCACAGCGUCAAAAGUUUGAACAGGAGGAAGCAGAUAGGAAACGCAAAAAAAGAAUUGAGAAGAAGAAAAGACAACGCGAGUCGAAAAAACGCAAAAGAGACGAGCCAGCAAGUGAGCCGAAUGACAUGCAGGCCAUGAUGGGCUUUUCUGGCUUUGGGAGUACCAAAAACUAG